CUCAACUGGACAUCUGCAGCCAUCCCGUGUGAACACUUGGCGGAUUAUGACGUCCAGCAGCUCCCGCGGGGACUCUCGGCACAACGAGCGGAUCCUGUCGACGCUCAAGAGGAAUCUGCCCUCGGACAUGAUGGCAGAGAUCUCCGAGAGGAUGGGUGCUCUCGUCGCGUCCGCCGGCACAUCAUAUGAGACGAAGACCUGGCUUGACUUCGUCACCGCCCUCGCCCGCCACCCCAGCCGAGUGCGGCCAGCCGGGGCGGAGGAUCCCCUCUUGAAGGUGCUGUUGAUGUGUCCAGAGCGUGUGAAGGGCGAAGCGCGGCGUAUCAUUUUAAGUGGCGGCAUCACCCGCAGCGACUCUGCAAUGGCCGCCCGCCCAGCGCCCAUGGAAAUCGAGAUAGAAGACGACAACCUACCCGCUGCCGCAGCUGCUGAUGGUGCAGCCAGUCGUGCCAGCAACACGCCCGCCGGCUCAUCUGCAUCAUCCAAUCGCAAGCGACACCCGCCCCUCUUCCCUCCCAAGGACCCCCCUCCACCCAGCAGCAAGGCAUCAAAGCGGACCGAAAGCGCUAACGGGGCAGCGACCAGGCGGAAGGGCCAAUCAUUCCACCAGCGCGUGGGCUAUGAGGGUGCGGAAAGGGACACGCCCUUCAGGCCACAGAGGGCGGCCAAGCAGCCACCUGGUGGUGCUGGUGCAUCGGCGCGGCGCAACCAGGGCAAGAUCGACCCCAGUGCGGCCAUCGAGCGGCGCAAGAAGAAGGCUCGGGAGGGCAACGGCGAGAUUUCUUUUGACGCUCCUGUGGUGAGCGUGGCCAGCCUCUCGUUGGAGGACGACAGCCGAGAUGCAGUGCCCCCGCUGGCCCAGAACGAGAACAAGAUCCACGACACCAAGGUCUACUUCCCCUUCCGGCCGGCGAGGGCGCAGCUGGUGGCGAUGCGGACGGUGCUGGAGGCCUUGAAGGAGACCACACCUAGCAGAGAGGGAGGCGGAGGGGGAGGGGGAGAGGGAGAGGGGCAGGACGGUGGGGAUGUAGACAUGGCGGCUGCAGCAGCGGGUGACAAGGACAAGGCGACGACGAACCUGCCACCCGUGGGCAAGGAUGACCUCAAUGUUGCCUUUGUAGAAUGCCCCACAGGUCGGCAAGCCACACCCACAAUCAUUGCCCCCUUUCAUUCAUUCUGUGGUAUGGUCUUCAGGCACGGGCAAGACGAUCGCACUGCUCUGUUCCGUAUUGGCGUACCAGCACAGCAUGGCGCAGGAGGCGGCGGAGGGCAGGAUCAAACCAGAGCAGGUGCCCAGGGUCUUCUACGCCACCCGCACCCACAAACAACUAGAUCAGGUUCGAAACACGUACCUGUGUGUGUAUGUGGGUGGCUUCAUCUGCUGUCGUGUCGGUGUUUGUGCCUGUGCCUGUGUGUGAGUACAGGUAGUUUCCGAGUUGAAGAAGACGCCGUAUCGGCCCCUGAUGACGCUGCUGGCGUCACGGGAGCGGUUCUGUCUGCACCACACAGUCAUGGCGGCCCCAAACAAGGUACACCUCCAACGUGGGCUUCCUCGGGUCUGGAUGGCUAUGAUGUGUGUGCGGGAUGCUCAUUGUGUGUGUGUGUGUGUGUGUGUGCAGGCCGAGGCGUGCGAGAACGCCACGUUCAUCGACAACAUGGAGUGCAUGCACCUGCAGCACCACGAGGGCAUCAGAUACCCUGCCAACUUCCUCAAGGUCUGUCUGUCUGGUGACGACCAACACACACACAAGGUGUCAGUCGCCGUGUACGCAUCUGUGCUCAGCACUACACUCCCGGGCGAGAGGGUCAUCUGGCGGCCUUUGACAUCGAGGAGCUGGUCAAGGAGGGCAACGAAGCAUUCAUCUGCCCCUACCACACCACCCGCGACCUGCUGUCGGAGGGCGCGGCACUCAUCCUCCUGACCUACUCGCAGGUCUUCGACCCCCCAAUACGCACAGCCAACUCCUUGUUCAAUGCGCUGCCGGGCAGCAUACUGGUGAGUUUUCGGAAAGCGCCGUGGGGGAGGGCUGUCCACAGGCGCACGUGUGCUGCGGUGUUGCAGAUACUGGAUGAAGGGCACAACAUCGACAGCGUGUGUCGGGACGUCGCGACGCUGGAGCUGACCACCACCAAGGUCGGACACACACGCGUCCACAAACACACGAACCAUGCAUCGCAUCUAUCUGCCUCUACACGUGCUCCCAUGUUGUGUUGGUUCAAACGACUGUGGGUCGGGUCAAUUUCUCCGUGCAGUUGUACGAGAUGCUGGAGGAUCUGCAGCGGAUGCACGAGGUCCUCGCCAGCAAUGCCGAGCACUCCAACCUCCUCCCCAUCAACGCCUCCUUCCAGACACUCAUAUACGACCUCAUGUCAUUCACCCUGGCACAGCACUCAGAGGCAACAUCCACACGACCCCCUCCCUCAGCACCAGCGCCUCCGCCGGCGCCAGCGCCAUCCCGCGCCCCCAAGCCCAUCAGCCGGACGUCGUCGAUGAACUCGAUCAGCGCGGAGCCGCCGCGUGGCUUGCCGGUGGGUGCGACAGGCUGGCGGCAGGUGAACCUGUCGUCGGGCGGAGUGGGAGGGAAUGGCGGCGAUAAGGAGGUCACACAUUGGGUGCAGGUACGCUCGCCGCAGACAAGGGUGGGAAAUGGAUGUCGACGGCCGUGUGAAUUCGUGUCCGUGUGCAUUCUGUCCUGUGUUUGUCUGCAGGCCGGCACCGACGCCCUGGGAAAGCUCAUCGGCAUCUCUGACCUCUCGCGGCCGACAGUCAAGCGCCUCCAGGAUCAAAUCAGGCAGAUGCGAAAGGCGCUGCAGGUACGCACACACGCAUGCCAUACACGCCCAGACAUUCGUCCGCCAUUCUCUCCCCCCUCCCCCACAGGCAGAGGGGUUCGAAUCGACGGCUGUGAAGAGCGGCACCAUUAACGCCCUGGAGGGCCUCCUGUCGCGGCUGGACUUCUUCAUCCACUCCCGUGGCGAACCCUACAAGUGCUGCAUCUCAGCCCUCCACACCGCCCCACUGCAGGGAGCCGCCCGGGGCGGGGCAGCAGCCUCCCAUGGCAUCGGCUCAGCCCCGCGGCGAAGGGCCAAGAAGAUGACACGGCAGGAGAAGGAGACAAGACACCUGGCGGCCAAGCACCGGUACGCCGACUUGACUGGCAACAGCGACGACUCCCGUCCGCCGUUCGAGGCCACCCUCACCCUGCUGUGCCUCGACGCAUCCGUGGCCUUCCGCCCUGUGGUCGAGUGGACGCAGCUGACCAUUCUCGCGUCGGGCACCCUCUCACCCAUGGACGCACUCGCGCGCGAGCUCAUCUCCUUCGGGCUGAAGCCGUCCAAGUCGUCCCCCCGCCCCCUCCCUCCUGUGUCGACCGACGGCCUCCAGAAGGCCAUUCACGUCAGCACAGUGCAGCAAGGAGAGGACGGCGAGGAUGAGGGCGAGGCCAGGACGGUGGCGGUGCGGCUGUGGGCGCUGACAGCGCCGCACUUUGCGUCGCUGCAGGACAACCUCGUGAGUCGGCUGCUGCAGUAUGGGCCGGUGGGGCUGGAGGGGUUCAAAAGGGGAGGUGGCGGAAAGGACAGAUUCGCCAAGCUCGACAUGUCCUAUCAGUGCCGAAGGCAGCCUGACCAGCAGGACGCACUGGGCGGUGCCAUUGUAGCACUCGCACACAUCGUCCCGAACGGGCUGCUGGUGUUCGUCCCGUCCUAUGGGGUGCUUAAGGUGCGUGCGUCAGGCGAGAGGGACAACAGACACGACACCGUACUCUAUGGAUGCGUCUGUGUGGUGAUGUGUGUGUGUGUCAGAUGUUGGUGGAUCGGUGGCGUGUAUCGGGUCACAUGGCGGAGAUGGAGAAGCGGAAACGUGUGCUGGUGGAGCAGCAGGGCAUGUCCGCCGACGCAUUCGACCAGAUGCUCAAGACAUACCACGAUGUAAUCACACGAGGGGGAAGGAGCACCGCCACACCACACCACACCACACACCAUGUCACGGAUGGGAUCUGUCCGGCUGCCUUGUCAGGCCGCUAAGGACAAGAAGGGCGUGUUGCUGCUGGGCGUGUGUCGCGGGCGGGCCAGUGAGGGCGUCAAUUUCAAGGACCACAACGCCAGGUACCGACCUGGACACACCACACGGUGGCACACCCAUCCCUCCCUCAUGGAACCGAUGGAUGGAUGGAUGUAUGGAUGUGUGUGUGUGUGUGGACCUGUAGGGGUGUACUCAUAGCUGGCAUCCCCUACCCUCCCCUGAAGGACCUGCAGUCGGUGCUCAAGCGCGAGUACAACGAUGCGGAGAGCCGGAAGGGCGAGGAGGGGGCUGUGGUCAGCGGCAAUGAAUUCUACCAGAUGGAAGCGUUCAGGUGAGGAAGACGAGCGGGCUCCCGGGCGGACUGUCGUGUGUGUAAGGCGGGCGUGUCUGCGUGUGGUUCAGGGCCGUCAACCAGUGUCUCGGUCGCCUUCUUCGGCACAGCAAGGACUACGGCUGCGCCAUCCUGCUCGAGCAGCGAUACGCGCAACAGACGCACAGACUCCCCGGCUGGUUCACCGGCCAGCUGCCCCCCAUUCCCAGCCAAUUCUCGGCCCGCAAUGCCUUCUCCGACACCCUCAAGGACGUCGGUGCCUUCUUCAAGAACAAGAGCGACGCCAACCUGCCCCCACAGCCACAAGCGCCGCAGCCGUCGGACCCGACCCGCCCUCGGCUCGAUGGUCAGGCGAUGAUCAUGAACAGGGGCGUGGCACCGUCGUCACGCGGGCCGUCGUCACGUGCGAGUUCGAGGGAGUCGUCUCGGGGUAGCUCGAGGGAUGGGCAGAAGGGCAGGAGGAAAGGCAAGUAGUGUAGUGCAGUGAGUGCAUCAUUCGUUGGGUGCCAGUGGGGUGGGAGACUCGUCUGGUGGUACGUGGCGUGGGUUGGUGUCAGUGCGUAACUCGUCCAAUCCAAUCGACGCUGAUCUGAUUGAUGUGCGUGAUCGAUGU